CAUAAACCGGUUUGACAACGUUGGACGAAAGCGGAUCAGGGCAAGACGAUCAAAAAGCUCAUCCACCAACGGCAAACUGAAUGAACCUCAGCGGGUUAGCCAUCAUCGGCAGUCCUUCAACCAACUCCCUAGUUCCAAUUGUUUGUCGCCAUGGGGACGGCGACGGCGACUCUCCAUCUUUCUCGCGUACGCAUUGGGCGCCCUCAUCCCCCUUUCUUGUCUUCUCUAAUCCAUUCUCCUGCUGCUGUUCUCCUUCCUAGUUCUCCCUCUUUCUCCCGCAAAUACCCUCGCCUCUGCUUCCGCCUUGGCCACACCGCCAGCAGCUUCUUCCGCCGCUUCUCCGUUUCUGCUUCUUCCUCUUCUUCUCCUGGGUCGAGUAACUUCGCAGGAGAUAAUGGCGAAACAUAUGAUGUAAUUGUGGUUGGAGGAGGACAUGCAGGCUGUGAGGCAGCUCUUGCUUCUGCUAGACUAGGGGCUAGAACCCUCCUGCUCACUUUAAACUUAGAUCGGAUAGCAUGGCAGCCUUGCAAUCCAGCAGUGGGUGGACCUGCGAAGUCACAGCUGGUUCACGAAGUGGAUGCACUUGGCGGUGAAAUCGGUAAAAUUGCUGAUAGGUGCUAUUUACAGAAGCGCAUACUCAAUCUUUCGAGGGGUCCUGCUGUUCGUGCUUUGCGUGCACAAACUGACAAAAGAGAGACUCCAAACCUUUCCAUUAGGGAGGCAAUGGUAACAGAUAUCUUAUUGGGAAAGAAUGACAAUGUGGAAGGUGUCCGCACCUUUUUCGGGAUGAAUUUCUAUGCUGCUUCAGUUGUUCUUACAACUGGAACUUUCAUGAGUGGGAAAAUCUGGGUUGGCAGAACAUCUAUGCCUGCUGGAAGAGCUGGUGAGUCAGCUUCAGAAGGACUCACUGAGACCUUACAACGCCUUGGAUUUGAAACGGAACGUUUGAAAACUGGAACCCCAGCACGAGUAGACAUACGGACCAUUGACUUUUCUGGAUUGGAACCUCAGCGUGGUGAUGAGGAGGUCAGCUGGUUCAGUUUUGAUCCUGAAGUGCAUGUUGAGAGGGAACAGAUGUGUUGCUAUCUAACACGUACAACAAAAUUCACCCAUCAACUUAUUAAAGAUAACUUGCAUGAAACUCCGACUUAUGGAGGGUGGGUUGAAGCAAAGGGGCCUAGAUAUUGUCCUUCUAUUGAAGAUAAGAUCGUGAGGUUUCAAGACAAAGAGUCCCAUCAGAUUUUCCUUGAACCAGAGGGUCGAGAUGUGCCUGAGUUGUACGUACAGGGUUUCUCUACUGGUUUACCAGAGAGACUUCAGUUACCUCUCUUGAGAACUUUGCCUGGACUUGAAAACUGUUCAAUGUUAAGGCCUGCUUAUGCUGUUGAGUAUGACUAUCUACCAGCGCAUCAAUGCACAAGGUCUCUCAUGACAAAGAAGGUGGAAGGACUUUUCUUCUCUGGUCAGAUAAAUGGAACAACUGGCUAUGAAGAGGCUGCAGCACAGGGGAUGAUUUCUGGCAUAAAUGCUGCAAGACAUUCAAACGGAAAACCCAUCAUUGUUCUGGAGAGAGAAAGCAGUUAUAUUGGUACAUUGAUUGAUGAUCUGGUCACUAAGGAUCUUCGAGAGCCUUACCGCAUGCUGACGAGUCGCUCGGAGCACCGGUUACUUCUACGAUCUGAUAAUGCUGAUAGUCGUCUCACUCCUUUGGGGCGUGAAAUUGGGUUGAUAGAUGACAGAAGAUGGAAACUCUACCAGGAGAAACAAGCUCGAAUACAAGAGGAAAAGGAACGUCUAAAAACUGUCAGAGUAUCAGGAGGAGAUUUGGCUGCUGAUGUUACUCGUCUUUCUAGGCAGCCAGUGAAGGAUUAUUCCACACUGGAGAGUCUUCUGAAGAAGCCACAUAUCCAAUACGAAGUACUUGAUAAACAUGGCUUUGGGAAUACAGUCUUAUCCAGAGAGGAGAAAGACUGUGUAGAGAUCGAUGUGAAGUAUGAGGGUUUCAUCAUACGUCAACAAAUUCAGCUGCAGCAGAUGGCACAUAAACAAAAUAAACCAAUACCUGAGAACAUAGAUUACUAUGCAAUGACGACGUUGUCACUCGAGUCACGUGAAAAGCUCUCCAAGGUAAGACCACAGACAAUUGGUCAAGCAAGCAGAGUUGGAGGGGUAAGCCCUGCAGACAUAACUGCACUGCUCAUCAUCCUUGAAUCCAACAGGCGGAAAGCACAAGAUCGGAAGAGGAGUGAGAUGCUUUCUUCUGUUCUUACAGAUGCUAAUUCGGAGCGCCCCCAUGCCCAACUUUGUAGUCCGGAUGAUAGCAUAGCCAUGAACCAGACCAUCAGAGAUGGAGAAUUUCUCGUUUCUAAAGGUGCUAACUUUGCUUUGGGGUUUUUCAGUCCCGGCAGAUCUAGUUACAGAUAUGUUGGGAUAUGGCAUCAUAGAGUGCGAGAAAGAACUGUGGUAUGGGUAGCCAAUAGGAAUGAGCCACUCAAGGACUCAUCGGGAGAGUUGUCACUUAAUCAAUUUGGCGACCUGGUCAUAUUUGGCCAUUCUUACCAGAACAUUCCAGCAUGGUCGACGAAUGUUUCUGCUGAGGUAAUGGAUUUUCGCUUUGCUAAGCUCUUGGAUUCUGGAAACUUGGUUCUGAUUCAAGGUCAAUCUAAUAGAGUUGUGUGGCAAAGUUUUGAUCAUCCCACCAAUACCCUUCUCAGUGGAAUGAAACUUGGAAUGAACCGUGAUAAGGGUCUCAACUGGUUCCUGUCAUCAUGGGCAUCAGCAGAUAAUCCUGGUACAGGUGAUUACUCGCUUCAGCUCAACCCAAAUGGCUCACCUCAGUUCUUUUUGUACAAGGGUAAAACCCACUACCUUCGUACUUCUCCAUGGCCUUGGAAAAAAUACCCUGAUGUAUACAAUUACACCUUUGCUAGAAUGGAAGAUGAGAUAUACUUUCAUUUCUCCAUUGACGAUCCCUCCGUUAUGGUCAGAUUUGUGUUGGAUGACUCUGGAAUGUUCAAACGAUUCUCUUGGCAUGUAAGUGAGGGCAGAUGGAAAGAGUUCUGGUCAGUGCCAAAGCACAGGUGUGACUUCUAUGGACAAUGUGGUGCCUAUGGUGUAUGCGACCCUCUCAACGUUAAUGCGUUUGAAUGCCACUGUUUGCCAGCGUAUGAGCCCAAGUCUCCUAGGGACUGGUCUUUGAGGGAUGGAUCAGGUGGUUGCAUUACAAAACGCAGAUCGUCCUCUUUGUGUGGGGUCGGAGAUGGUUUUGUGAAAGUUGAACAUGUUAAACUUCCUGAUACUUCUGCAGCUAUUUGGGUUCACACAAGUUCAAGCAAGGUGGACUGUGAACGGAAGUGCCUGAAGAAUUGUUCUUGCACCGCAUAUGCUAGCAUAAAGAACGGUGGGGAAGCAAGUAGCUGCCUGCAUUGGAAUGGGGAAUUAGUGGACACAACAAACCGUGAAAGUUUUGAUGGCCAUGAUCUCUAUGUCCGUGUUGAUGCAUUUGAAUUAGCUGAGAAUUUGAUGAGAUCUCGCAGCUUCUUUAGGAGGAAACGGAUGCAGCUGAUGCUAGUAACUUCUGUUUCUUUCACAUGGUCUGUCAUUCUUGUAGUGCUCCUAUGGCUCAGAAAGCGAAAAAGAAAAGGUAGGGGGCAAGGGCUCAACAUAUUAUUUGACAGUGAAGGGAGCAGGUACAGUGAUAAUGGGGCGAACAUGUAUGUUGGAAGCAGUGAUCUCACUAUUUUCAGCCUCACUGCUAUAAGUGCAGCCACUGCUGACUUCUCUCCAGCUAAAACACUUGGACAAGGUGGUUUUGGCUCAGUUUUUAAGGGUCAGCUACCUCAUGGACAGCAGAUUGCUGUCAAAAGACUUUGCAAAAAUUCAGGUCAAGGGAUUGAAGAAUUCAAAAACGAGAUGAAUCCAAAAAUUUCAGAUUUCGGACUAGCCAAAAUGUACAAAGGCGAAGACAUUCCAGAGAAAACAGCUAGAGUUGUUGGUACAUAUGGGAGGAAGAUUAGUGCCUUCUGCAGGGAGGAUCCAUCCCUGAACUUGAUAGGACAUGUAUGGGAGUUAUGGAGAGAAAACAGAGCAUUAGAGAUAAUUGAUUCGUCAAUUAUGGAGUCAUGUGUUCCAAGUGAAGCCUUGAGGUGCAUUCAGAUAGCACUGUUGUGUGUGCAAGAAGAUCCAAAGGACCGGCCAGAUAUGUUAGCAGUUAUUCGGUGGUUGAACGGUGAAGCUUCUCUUCCUUCCCCUGACCAGCCCGCCUUUGUUCUGAGAAAAUAUUGCAAGGAUCAACAGUUUUCACUGAAGGGAGAAAUCAUCCCCGAGGAUACCUUUUCUCUCCCUUUUGUAACCUGUUGA